CGGUGUGCCAACUGUCGAAUUGGACUGGCAACGAGCGAAGAAGGUACUUAAAAAGGGAAAAGACCAAAAAGCAAGCCCCGGUACCAUAACCUGCACAAAAUCACAAUCUCCGAUCUCCAAUCCCCAUCAAUAUUAUAUAUUUCCUUUGUUCCUAUUCUCCACCAGAAAUAAAAAAUACUAGAACCCCCACUAAAAGUCUAAAACCUCUAUAUGGUAAUAAUUACCCCAAGUACUGCUUCCCAAGAUUUCUAGAGGACUUCAGAUGUUUUGAACAAUCAUCCGAGUUCUUCAAAAUGGGUUCCUCUUGCAUCCUCUCUAUCUUGCUCUUAACUUCGUUCAUCAAACUGGGGUUUUCUGCUGAUUACACAAGUUUGGUAUACAAAGGAUGUGCCGACCAAAAAUUCCAAGACCCGACUGGGGAUUACUCAAAGUCCCUCGAGAAUCUGCUGGACACCCUGACCUCUCGAUCUUCCUCAACCAAGUUCUACAAAGCCACGAGCGGUCAGGGCCAAUCAGCCAUCAUUGGGCUGUUCCAAUGCAGAGGUGACCUCUCCAGUAAUGACUGCAACAAUUGCGUGAAGAAAACCCCGGACGUGUCCCGGAGAUUGUGUGGCAAUGCUAUUGCCGUCAGAGUUCAGCUGGGAGGCUGUUAUUUAAGGUACGAGGCGUCGGGGUUUAGGCAGGUGAACGCCACCGAGUUGCUGUUCAAGAUUUGUGGGUCGACUCAGGCGAGUGGGAGUGGGUUUCAGGAUAGAUUGGACGCGGCUUUGGGGGAGAUAGCCAAGGGUAUGGGGAGUAGUGGGAAUGGGUUUUACACGGGUGGGUACCAGUCGGUGUAUGUGUUGGGCCAGUGUGAAGGUGAUUUAGCAAGUGGGGACUGUGCGGACUGCGUGAAAGCCGCCAGCCAGAGGGCUAAAAGUGAAUGCCCCGCCUCUAUUUCAGCUCAGAUUUAUCUUCAACAGUGCUAUAUUAGCUAUACUUACUAUCCCAAUGGGGUCCCCCCCAGAUCACUGUCAUCGUCGGGAUCAGGAGGAACAGGGCCAAACACGCAGAAGACGGUGGCUAUUGUGUUGGGAGGGAUUGUGGGGGUUGGCUUGGUAAUUGCAGUUCUCUCAGUUAUGAGAUCAGGACUGAAAAAAAAGGGUCGGCCCAAGGAUACAGGAGGUUAUUAAGAAGGAAAAAAUAUUGGCAGAAAGAGAGGUGUAAACUGUAAGUCUUCAAAAUCAAGAGAGAGAGAGAGAGAGUGUGUAUAUUCACAGGGGAAUCCUAAAGAGAAAGCACCAGGCAAAGGGUGGCAGUGGAACCGAGCCUUUCAGAGUUUUCUUCUCAUCCAAGUUGUCGCGUCUUUUCUUCUUUUCUGUUUUGCUCACAAAAGCUGGACAGCUGUCUCUAUAUCAUACUUGCUGCAUAGAGAAACUAAUCAAGGAUAGUUGUGUGUUAGGCAUCGGUUGUAGUUUGAUUGGCAAUCGUCCUCCUGGCAGCAGCUGUAUAUUGAUUCGAACAUGUGAAUUGGUAGUCCCUUUAGGAUUUGAAGUGCUUGACUGGGUUCUCCACUUCACACUCUGAAAAGCAAAUGAUUUUCAUCUCUUUUGAAGAUCAAAUACUAUAUCAGAUACUUGUGAGAUC